AUGACGAAGAUCAACAGCUCCCUCCACUCCUCCAGGAGAAAGUCCCGCAAGGCUCAUUUCGAUGCCCCAUCCAGCGUCAGACGUACCAUCAUGAGCGCUCCUUUGAGCAAGGAACUCCGUGAGAAGUACAACGUCCGCUCCAUCCCAAUCAGAAAGGAUGAUGAGGUUACCAUCGUUCGUGGUUCCAACAAGGGAUCUGAGGGAAAGAUCACCUCCGUCUACCGUCUCAAAUACGUCGUCCACGUCGAGCGUGUCGUCAAGGAGAAGUCCUCUGGACAAUCCGUUCCCCUCGGUAUCCACCCAUCCAAGGUCAUCAUCACCAAGUUGAAGUUGGACAAGGACCGUGAGAGCAUACUUGAGCGCAUCAAGGCUGGUCGUGAGAUCAAGGAGAAGUUGAAGAGCAAGGCAUAA